UUAAGUUUUAAUGCAAAAAACAAUGUAAAAUAUAUCCUUGAAUAUUGUUUAGUGCUCCAAUAGUGAAAUGGGCUUAAAGAAAAGAUAAUGUUUUCUUGACUGUAGAAGUGAGAGAUCUGAAAGAUGAAAAAGUUGAUUUGACAUCUAGUUCACUUAAAUUUUCAGCCAAUGCAGAAGGUGUUAAUUAUGUAUUUGAAAUUAACUUCUUUAGUGAAGUUGUUGUUGAGGUAUAAAUAAAUUAAUUUGAAAUAGGAAAGUAAAUGGACAAAUUAUGGAUUAAAUGUCAGAUUUAUUCUUUCAAAAAAAGAUAAAGCAGCAUCAUAUUGGACAAGAUUAAUAAAAGAAACUCAUAAAUUACAAUAUUUAUAAGUAAAGUUAUUAAAUAUAAUCUUUAGGUUGAUUGGACUAAAUAUAUUGAUGAAGAUGAUGAAGCUGAAGAAGGAGGUAAAGGUUUAGAUGAUUGGGAUUCAAAUAGAUUUUAGAACUUCGAUUAAGGACAUGGUCACGAUCAUGGUCACGAUCAUGGUCAUGGUCAUGGUCAUGGUCAUGAUCACGAUCACGAUCACGAUCAUGGACAUCAUCAUGAAAAUGACGAUGAAGAUGAAGAAGAACCAAAUGAGGGUAGAAUUGAUUUUUAUUUUAAUUAGGAAAUAUAGAUGAUUUAGAAAAAGAGGAAGAAGUAUAAUAAAAAGAAUAAGCUCCUUAAGAAGGAGAUCAAUAAAAAUAAGAUAUUCAAUAAGAAUAAUAAGAAGAGAAUAAAUGAAUAUUUUAAAUUCUAUUGAUAAAUAGUUC